CAACCAAACACACACUCCCCCCUCCUUCCUCCUGUCCACUUCACACCCCCGCCGUGUCGGAGUACUAGAAACAACAAGCCGCCAUUUUGUUUGUGCGGAGCGGAUCGGAGAGGCUAGCGAGUGGCAGAACGCAGCCUGAGCCGAGCGGUGCAGAGCCGAACCGGUAGCAGAGACCGAGGGAGAGGCGGUGCUGCCCGCAGCUGGCUGGACUAGAAACUCGCCGACGGGACACGACACGAUACGACAGCACGGAACAACCCGGCGCUCGCAGCAGCGCAGACAAAAAAAUAUAUAUAAAAAAAUAUUAACAAGACCUCGGCUCUUCGACCGAGACGAACGGACAAACGCGAAAAAACGGGGGUUUUCUCGUUUUCCAUGAAGCGGAAGACUUAAAUACACCGAAGAGAAAAAAAUAUUAAAUAUUAUUACACCCCCACACGUUAAGAGUCCGAGGAACGGGAGGAGGAGGAGGAGGAGGACGACGACGACGAGGAGGAAAAGACAUUCGAGAAAUAAUAAUAAAAUACAGCUGAACGCAAAUGGAGCUGGAGAAGAAGAAAACGCAACAACCGGAGCGGCGACAGCGGUCCUGAAGAGAAGCGGAGAGGGAGAAGAAGAAAAAAAAAAGACGGAACAUAUCGGGAUUAAAACAUCGUUCAUUGAAAUCCCAAGCAGGGCUUUUACGUCUGUAUAUUUUACACAUUAAAAUAUACACAAAGGACGGGCAUAAACGAAGGAGGCGGACGGCAUCGAAAAAGACUGCCUCGUAUUUCAAAAUCGUUUCAAGCCAAAAAAAAAAGGCAAAAGCUUGGCGAUUUGCUGCCAUCUAACAAACCCCCCGCAAUAUUAAGAGUAUAAAACAGGAAAAAAAAUCCUUCCAUAAGCAGACGCGAUUUUUUUUUUGCACACAUUUGAGCUGAAGAUCCUUUCGGACGUAGAUUUUUUUAACAAAUCUUUUUGGCUUCAUUCAGUAGAUUGGUUUUCCACCUGUUUUUCCCCUUUGAUUUUUUUUUUUUAAAGAAAAUAUUUCACAGGGAAGCAAUCGAACGAAAUCCAGACCGCAGCAGUGUUUAUUACAGUUACGGACUGCAAGAGCUCAUCUCCAUUUUUAUCAGCUUUUAUGGUGCAUUAUUACUAUUUUUUUGGUUGACGAAAGGACUGAAGAUUUUUUUUUUACAAAUUAUUAAUAAUAAUUUUUACACCAACUGUUGGAGAAAACGCUACAUUCAAAUAAAAAAGAAACGCCACUUGGUCUUUUGAACGUCAGACAGGGGGCGCAAGCUGAAGGGGUGAUUUAUUAUUAUUGAUCUUUUUUUUUUUCAGCAGCUCUCCCCCCUUCCUUACAACCAACAGAGCUCACGUCGACCUGCCGGUGCAAGCAAACAGCAAGACAAAUUGCGAUUUUUUUUUAAAUAUAUAUAUUUUCGGGGGGGAAUAGGCGUAUACUCACAAACAGAAGAAACGGUUGGUCAUUGGGUGAAGGCUGCGUGAACACCUUUGGAUUUUGUAUACUUGUGGCCACUUGUUUUGAUUGCAGCACCUUGGCUUGGAUGCACCGUGUUGUUCAGCCCACCCUCCUCCUACGGUCACAGUGCGAAUCGAUUAGUCGGACCCACUCGGGAGUAGAGGCAGAGGAUGCAAAAUAACGAGAAAAAGAAACCACUGAUCCACCCGUUCACGAAAUAAGAAACACCUUAGCCUUCCUUUAACUACUGUCAUUUUUCUGCGAGGAGGGUGGGGUGGAAGUUGGUUGCCACUUAUAUUUAUAUAUAUAUAUAUAUAUAUAUAAAAUUUAAUGGGUCGUUUGUUUGAGUUGCAUCGAGCUAAACAAGAAGACAGAGGACCUGUAGCCCACUCCGGUGUACUUUUUAUUGUUCGUAUUAAGCAAAAAAAUUGGACCUCCUUAUAACUUUUGAAACCAGUAGCAAAUCGUUCAUCUGUCGGCAAGGAGACUGGAUCAAGCUUGUUGCCAAUUAUCAAAACGUAAAGGGACCUGGAGGUCGGCGAGAUCCUUGUUUGUGCAAAGAACCGGCCCCUGGAUUAAUUUUUUUUUAACUCCAUCUCGGCUUCCAUAACACAAAAGGAAAUAAUUACAUCGCGAAAGGAAGACAGAAAGGAAAAACAUGCACCAUAAACGGGCAAAGCCAGGAGAUCCCCGCACCAGUUUCGGAUUUUCAGAUCGCCUGUGAAAGACUCCUGGCUUCACGGUUUUAUCUUAAACGAGACUGCCAAUAAAAUUUAAGCCUUUUUCUAUUUUUGGGUCGGUGUCGCCCGACCGGAUUGUCGAAAAAAUAACCAAAAAAAAAAAAAAAACUGGCAUCUUGAACCAUGGAGGAACGAUCCGUGGAUAGUAGUUUGUCCGUCGCAGAAGAAGCAGCUACCUGAUUACUAGUCCCGUGACUAACAAGCAAAAGGAAAUAAGAGGGGGGAAAAAACAGGCGUAAGAAGAACGAAAAGGGAGACUCUUGCUAGUCAUCCGAGCUACAGACGGGAUCUAUCUCUCUCUCUCUUUCUCACUCCUGCCCGUCAAUUUUAUUUGCCCCCUUUGUGAACGGGAAGGGGGAGGAGGGGAAGAGGGGGGGUAAAAACAAGAGAGGAAGCGUCGCGGCGGAGGACGUGAAUACGGGACUUUGGAAAGAGACGCUUUGAAAUUGAACAAAAUAGAAAAACGCAAGCGUCCACAGAAAAAGACGAAACUUCAUUUUUUAUGUAACCCAUAUAUGAUUGGUUUUCUUUUUUUCUGGGGGGGAUCGCUUUCUUUUUGGGCUGUUUUAAUUCAUGAAAAUGGCCGAUAAUGUGGUGGAUCCCGGCCCGCCUUCUGCCAAGCGGCCUAAACUCUCCUCCCCGGCGCUGUCCGUGUCGGCCGCCAGCGAUGGAACAGAUUUUGGGUCUCUUUUUGACCUUGAGCAUGACCUCCCCGAUGAGUUGAUCAACAGCACAGAACUGACCCUGCCCAAUGGGGGUGACCUAAGCCAACUUCAGACUAGCUUGGGUGGCAUAGUUCCAGAUGCAGCAAGCAAGCACAAACAGCUGUCAGAACUACUACGAGCCGGCAACACUACUAGUCUGGUGUCUCAGCAGCAGCCUCCACCACAGAUGGGGCAAGGUGGUGGAGCACAAAACCCGCAGGGGGGGAGCCCCGGACUAGGCAUGCUCAAUAAUAUGGUGAAGAGCCCCCUUGGACAGCCAACUUUGACACCUCCAGGCUCUGGAAUGGGACAGCACCCGAGUGGAGCAGCUGGAAUGAUGUCAGGGGCCCAGUCGGGCAUCGGUGGCAUGACCCCUGGUAUGAUGAGUGCAGCCCAGACUGGCAAUGGACAGCAACAGCAGCAGCAGCCACCACAAGGAAUAUUAGGGGGCCAGGUUCUGAAUGGCUCCUUAGGACCGGCAGCUGGGAGAGGAAGGCCUAACAUGACAUAUUCAAAUGCAAAUAUAAACAAUGCUAACAACUUGCUGGCAGAGACUUUACAACAAGGAGCUCAACAAAUGGUGGGAGGAGGACAAACAGGCUUGAGAGGACCACAGCCAGGCACUAUAAACAAGAUGAACAUGAUGGGCACACCAAACCCUUAUCCUCCCUAUGGUCAGAAUUCUACACCACAGAUGGGUGCGGGAGCUCUUGGUCCCCAAAUGCAGAACAAGCCAGGGCUUCCCAACAACUUAGCCCAGUUCACCAUGGAUAAGAAGCCUGCUGCUGGAGCGGCUAUGCCUAACAUGGCCACACAGCAACCCUCCCAGGUUCCACAAGGUGGCCUUGGUGCCACACCUCCUGGCGCUCCAAGCAUGGGAUCAGCACCUCCAACUGCUGAUCCAGAAAAGCGCAAACUUAUCCAGCAGCAGCUUGUAUUGCUUCUGCAUGCUCACAAGUGUCAGAGGCGAGAACAAGCCAAUGGUGAGGUGCGGCAGUGCAACCUGCCCCACUGUCGGACAAUGAAGAAUGUGCUGAAUCACAUGACCCACUGCCAGGCUGGAAAGUCCUGUCAAGUUGCACACUGUGCAUCUUCUCGUCAGAUCAUCUCACACUGGAAGAACUGUACACGGCAUGACUGCCCAGUCUGCCUACCCCUUAAGAAUGCUGGAGACAAAAGGAAUCAGCAAACUCUUCUGAACACAGCCUCUAUAGGCCUGGGAAAUUCCCUGAGCAAUGUUGGGGGUCAGCAGAGUACAGCCAAUUUGAACCAGGCUAGCCAGAUUGACCCAAGCUCCAUUGAGCGUGCCUAUGCUGCCCUGGGCCUGACGUACCAGGGCACCCAGAUGCAACCCCAACCACCUCCACAGCCUCAGGUGUCUACUCAGCAGCCCAGUCAGAGCCUUCCUGGUCAGCCUGCCCUAAGGCCCAUCAAUGCCAUGGGAAAUCCAAUGGGUGUAAAUGGAGGAAUUGGUGUCCAGGCUCCCACCCAACAGCAAAACAUGAUAGCUGAAUCAAUGUUACAUUCGGCAAUGAACUCUCAAAACCCUUUAAUGAAUGACGGUGCGAAUGUAGGGAACCUAACGUCUAUGCCGACAGCUGCACCCCCCUCAAGCACAGGUAUUCGAAAAUCCUGGCAUGAAGAUAUCACUCAAGAUUUACGCAACCACUUGGUCCACAAGCUUGUACAGGCAAUCUUUCCAACCCCAGACCCUGCUGCUCUGAAAGACAGACGAAUGGAUAACCUUGUGGCCUAUGCUCGCAAAGUAGAGGGAGAUAUGUAUGAAUCUGCAAACAGCAGGGCUGAAUAUUAUCAUUUACUAGCUGAGAAAAUUUAUAAAAUUCAGAAAGAACUUGAGGAGAAACGACGGACCAGACUUCAGAAGCAAGGCAUGAUGCCCAGUCAGCCAGGUCUGCCUCCACCACCAAUGUCUCAGGUCCCACCACAAGCACCUGGCAUGCCUCCCAAUGGUCCAUCUUUAGACUCAUCUUUGAUUCGCCCUAAUGUGCCAAACCAAAUAGUGAGGAUGCAAUCGCCUGCAGGAAUGAGCCAGUUUAGCCAGCUAAAUAUGCAGCAGAUUGGUCAGAGGUCCACUCCACCUCUCCAACACCCAGGUCAGAUGAACCAGACUGGAGCUAUGAACCAGAUGAAUUUGGGUGGACCUCGGCUCUCCCAGCCACCGGUAGGUCAGAUGCAAAAUCAAAAUCAGUACCUUCCACCAACCCAGUUCUCUGGGUCCUCUCCGGGAAUGAAUGCAACAAGUGUGGCCAUGCAGCAACCUGGUGGACAGGCUGCAAUGACUCAGGCUCAGAUGUCCAAUUCCUCUUUACCUGUGAAUAGUCCUGUUGCAGCAGCAUCUGUGGCACACAGUGGUGUGGGACCUCCCCCUCAAGGCAAUGCUCAAAUGCACUGUUCCCAGCUUCCCCAGCCUCCUGUGCGUCAAAAUUCUCCCUCCCCUGCACGUAGCCUCACACCCACGCCACAUGUUACGCCUCCAGGGCUUCCUCCGCAGCCUUCUGGACCCCCAGGCAGUGCACAAACUCCACAGCCCCAAACUCCUACUCCACCUCAAAGCCAACAUCCACCAGUCCCACCUCCUGCAAUCCAGCAACAGCAGCAGCAGCAACAGCCACCACCACCACAACCACCUCCAUCACAGUUGACUUCCCAGGCACCUAAUGCUGCAUUGAGUGAGAAGCAGCAACAGCCAUCAGUACCACAGACAGCUGGACAACCACCUAGCAUGGGUUCGUCUGUGCCCACGCCUAAUGCAUCCAUGCAAACACAGCAUCCCAGGACACCAUUGUCCCAGAAGUCUGCUGUUAACAUAGAUGGAUUGGUAUCAAACCCAGCCUCUGUCAGCAGUGCAGAUGUAGGAUCACAGCAACCACCACCUGAUGUUGGGCCCCCUGAAAUCAAGAUGGAGAUCAAACAAGAUGAUGAAGACAUUGAGCCAGAGACUGCAGAUAUCAAACCCGAUGAGAAACCAGAGGUGAAGGAAGAUUUACCCUUGCCUGAAGAGAGUAAACCUGAACCUAUGGAUUCCUCAUCAGAGGAGAAGAAGCCAGAAAUUAAGAUGGAGCCAAAAGAGGAGGACAGGCCUAGUACCCCAAUCAUGCAGGUGUCUCCAGCUCUGGGGCAAAGUAAAAGGAAAAUUUUUAAGCCAGAAGAGCUUCGCCAGGCACUUAUGCCAACUCUUGAAGCACUUUACCGUCAGGACCCUGAGUCCCUGCCCUUCCGGCAGCCUGUGGACCCCCAGUUACUGGGAAUACCCGUACGUAUUCGAACUAGUAACCGAACUAACCUGGAUUAUUUCGACAUUGUCAAGAGCCCAAUGGACCUGUCGACAAUCAAACGCAAACUGGACACAGGGCAAUACCAAGAACCCUGGCAAUAUGUAGAUGACAUCUGGCUUAUGUUUAAUAAUGCCUGGCUGUACAAUCGGAAAACAUCUCGAGUCUACAAAUAUUGCUCAAAGCUGGCUGAGGUAUUUGAGCAGGAAAUCGAUCCAGUUAUGCAUACGCUAGGCUACUGCUGUGGGAGGAAGCUGGAGUUCUCCCCGCAGACUCUCUGCUGCUAUGGCAAACAGUUGUGUACCAUUCCACGGGAUGCAGCCUAUUUCAGCUAUCAGAACAGGUAUCACUUCUGUGAGAAGUGCUUCAAUGAAAUCCAGGGAGAGACCGUUUCCCUGGGGGAUGAUCCAUCUCAGCCUCAAACGACCAUAGGAAAAGAUCAGUUUGAGAAGAAAAAGAAUGACACUCUGGAUCCGGAGCUGUUUGUGGAAUGUAUUGACUGUGGGCGCAAAAUGCAUCAGAUCUGUGUCUUGCACAAUGAGACUAUCUGGCCAUCUGGGUUUGUUUGCGAUGGGUGUCUGAAAAAGUUUUGUAAAACAAGAAAAGAAAACAAAUACGCGGCAAAAAGGUUACCACAGACUAAGCUUGGGAGCUUUCUGGAGACUCGAGUGAAUGACUUUCUGCGCCGACAGAACCAUCCUGAAUCUGGUGAAGUGACGAUCCGUGUGGUGCAUGUCUCUGACAAGGUUGUGGAGGUCAAACCUGGAAUGAAGGCCAGGUUUGUUGACAGUGGAGAAAUGGCAGAAUCCUUCCCUUACCGAACAAAAGCCCUUUUUGCCUUUGAAGACAUCGAUGGAGCGGAUGUCUGUUUCUUUGGAAUGCAUGUACAAGAGUAUGGUUCAGACUGUCCACCGCCUAAUCAGAGGCGUGUGUAUAUAUCCUACCUUGACAGUGUUCAUUUCUUCCAACCCCGGUGCCUAAGGACUGGUGUGUACCAUGAAAUACUUAUAGGCUACCUUGAAUAUGUCAAAAAAUUAGGGUUUACAACAGGCCAUAUUUGGGCUUGCCCACCUAGUGAAGGGGAUGAUUACAUCUUUCACUGUCACCCACCAGACCAGAAGAUCCCAAAGCCCAAGCGUCUACAGGAGUGGUAUAAAAAGAUGCUGGACAAGGCUGUUGCAGAGCGCAUUGUACAUGACUAUAAGGAUAUUUUCAAGCAGGCAACAGAGGACCGUUUGACAAGUGCUAAGGAGCUUCCCUAUUUUGAGGGUGACUUCUGGCCCAAUGUGCUUGAGGAGAGCAUCAAAGAGCUGGAGCAAGAGGAGGAAGAGCGGAAGAGAGAAGAGAACAGUACCAGUAAUGAAAGCACUGAAGCAGGUAAAGGGGACAGCAAAAGUGCUAAGAAGAAAAACAACAAGAAGACAAGCAAAAACAAAAGUAGCUUGAGUCGAGGCAAUAAGAAGAAGCCUGGCAUGCCCAAUGUAUCUAAUGACCUGUCUCAAAAGUUGUAUGCUACAAUGGAGAAGCACAAGGAGGUUUUCUUUGUGAUCCGCUUGAUUGCAGGCCCAACAGCUAACUCUUUACCCCCUAUUGUGGACCCUGACCCACUGAUGGCCUGUGAUCUAAUGGAUGGCAGGGAUGCUUUCCUUACAUUGGCUCGGGAUAAGCAUCUAGAGUUCUCUUCUUUGCGACGUGCCAAGUGGUCCUCCAUGUGCAUGCUUGUGGAGCUACACAACCAGAGCCAGGAUCGCUUUGUCUACACUUGCAAUGAGUGUAAACAUCAUGUGGAGACUCGCUUCCACUGCACUGUUUGUGAGGACUAUGACUUGUGUAUCACUUGCUACAACACUAAAGGGCAUGAACACAAGAUGGAGAAACUUGGCCUUGGCCUAGAUGAUGAGAGCAACAACCAAGCUGCUGCAGCCACACAGAGUCCUGGUGAUUCAAGGAGGCUGAGCAUUCAGCGCUGUAUCCAGUCCUUGGUACACGCCUGCCAGUGCCGAAAUGCCAACUGUUCUCUUCCAUCUUGCCAGAAGAUGAAACGAGUGGUACAGCACACCAAAGGUUGCAAACGUAAAACAAAUGGUGGUUGCCCUAUAUGCAAGCAGCUUAUUGCACUGUGCUGCUAUCAUGCGAAGCACUGCCAGGAAAACAAGUGCCCUGUGCCCUUCUGCCUCAACAUCAAACACAAACUUCGCCAACAACAGCUCCAGCAUCGGCUGCAACAAGCGCAGAUGCUGCGCAGACGUAUGGCCAGCAUGCAGAGAACAGGAACAGUGGCGGGACAGACUCCACAGCAGGCCCAACAAGGACUUCCUUCACCUUCACUCACGCCGACAACUCCACCAGGCACCCAGCCCCCUACUCCACAGACACCUACCCCAACACAGGGCCAGUUGACCCCUGUUCCACAACCGGGGGUGCCUCUUCCACAACCACCAGUCAACCAGCAGCAGCAAGUAUCAUCUCAGCCACUCCAGCAGCCAGGAGGACCCCCAACCCAUCAUCCACCCAGUACCCUUCCUACGUAUGCCAGGGCAACAGGACAACUUUCGCAGGGUAAACCUGGUAUGGGACCAGCAACCCCUCCUCCACAGCAGCCGUCUACACCACAGGGUGGUGGAUCCUCUCAAGGACCUCCACCUGCAGCUGUGGAGAUGGCCCUGAAGAUUCAACGAGCAGCUGAAACGCAAAGGCAAAUGGCUCAGGCCCAUAUUUUUGGGUGCCAUACACCGGGUGGUGGGAUGAUCAACCCACAUCAGAUCAACCCGCAGAUGGGAGGUCCAGCUCAACACAACUUAACCAUGAACCAUCCUAUGAAUGUGGCAGGUAUGCCUUCUCAGGCUGCAAGGGCUCAGGGCCUGGUUGUGCCUGGUCCUCAACAGGUUCCACCGCAGGCACAGCAAGUCAUGACUCCAUCUGCACAGCCACUGCCAGUGCAGUCCCAAGUGUCCACGCCACAGACUCCGGUGCCUUCACAGCCUCCCUGGGGGGCACAACCCAUUCAGCAACAGAGGCCACCUAUAAUAGGUCACCCUGGAAUGGUAGCACAACCACAAGUUCAGCAGCCGCCACAAGUUGGAGGUCAGCCUGUAGUUGCCCAGAGCAGGAGCAACACACACCCUCAGACUGCCCUACAGGACCUGCUGCGUACCCUUCGCUCACCCAGUUCACCAAUUCAGCAGCAGCAGGUCUUGUCAAUCCUGCGGUCAAAUCCACAGCUUAUGGCCGCCUUUAUCAAGCAGCGAGCGGCUAAGUACCAGGGGGCCAGCGGAGCUGGAGCAGGGAUGGGUGGACAACCUCCCAACCCAGCAGCUGGUAGUAUGCAUCCAGGUCAGCCACAAGGUCAAGGAGUGGGGAUGCCCAACAUGAACCAACUUCAGCAACAGCAACAAAUGCCAAGGCAAGUGGUUGGACCUGUCAUAUCUCCUCAGCAGCCACCUCAACAGCCCCAGCAGCCUCAAGGUAUGGUCGGUGGAAGUGGCAUUCCAGGUCAGAGUCAGCCAAUGAACAUCAACCAUCCCAGCAUAAUAAACCCUCAGUUCCGAGAGCUACUUAUGCGACGGCAGCUCAUGCAACAGCAGCAACAGCAGCAGCAACAGCAGCAAAUGGCCAACCAUGCUCAGUUUCAGCAGCCUCCCCAGCCUACAGGAUACCCUGGACAGCCUGCUGUGUCUCAGCCAACAGGUUAUCCGGGCCAGAGCCCAGUGUCUCAGCAGCAGCGUAUGCAGCAGCAUCAUCUACAGCAGAGUUCACUGGCAGGCAUGCAAUCACCAGGAAGUGAUGGAAGUCACCCGCAACCUCCACCGAGUCUACAGCAGGUCAUUCAACAGCGUCUUCUCCAGCAGCCCGGCCAGCACGGCAAUCCCAUGAGCCCCCAGCAGCAGGCGGCUGUACAAGCCCAACAGCAGCAGCAGCAGCAACAGCAGAUGUCUCAAUCACCCCAUCUGCAAGGUCCAUCCCUCAGCAAUCAAGUGCGAUCACCCCAGCCUGUGCCAUCCCCUAGGCCUCAGUCACAGCCUCCCCACUCGAGCCCUUCCCCACGCAUGCAGCCUCAGCCCUCUCCCCACCAUGUUUCUCCGCAGACGGGCUCUCCACAUCCGGGUCAUCAUCCUGGGCACCCAGGCCAUCCAGGCUUAGUAGUGGCAUCACAGCAGCAACAAAACAGUGCCCUGGAUCAGGGGCCUUUUGGCUCGGACCAGAAUGCCAUGCUGUCCCAGCUCAGCUCGGGCAUGGGUGGCCUACAUGGAGCAAAUGGUGCCGACCUUCUGGCUUCUAACAACCCAGACUUGAGUGCGAACAUUUCUCAUAAUACACUAGACAUGUUGUAGCAUUGUUUUAUGGUUUUGUUUUUGUUUUUUAUUAUUAUUUAAUUCUUUUUCACACACAACUUCCUGUGGGAGCGUCUAACAAAAUGUAAAUUAUUAAUAAUAAUAAUAAUAAAUAUUUAUUUACUAUUAUUAUUAUUAUUUCUACUACUUGGGAAGGAAAUGAUUAAAAAGAUACCCCAAUACAAGAAGAAACUGUUAUGUGCUUUUCUUCUAAUGAAAGAAAGCAGGACAAUAUUUAAAUGUGCAGAAUUAUUGUGUGGGUGUUUAUUUUAUUUUUUUGUUUCCACAGAAUUCAUUUUUAGUUUUUUGGUUUUCCUUCCAUUAUUUGCAGUCUUUGCAACAAUAUCAACCCAAGCCGUAAGACGUGUUAUGAUUGUCACUGUAAUACUAAAAUAGCUAAUUAAAGAGUAUAUUUUUGUUAACAACUAGGGGAAGGGGUGGGGAAUUUUGGGAGAUUAAUGAAAGUGCUCUGUAGUCCCAAUUCCACGAUGCAGCAGUUCUGGGGGGGUGGCUUGGCAUGAGGAAGGUGGUGAUAAAGAGUAUAAAAAUCUUGGCCACUGCUAGCCCACACCCAUUGCUUAAGACAGUUUUGGGGGUGGGGGUUCUUAACCUAUUUAUUUAUGUAAACCACAUGUCAUUUUUCUCUGCUAAUGGUAUAUAAAUUUAUGUUGGGGAGGGUGCAAAGAGACCUCCAAACUCAGCAGGGAUUGCGUUUUGAAAGAGGAGAGAGAGGGAGAGCCAAGGUGGUUGAGGGGUUGAGGUUGGGGGUUGACGCUGGUGUUUAGUAUAAUGGGCUAAUUUUUGCCCAGAUGAAAUAAGAUGCAGCACCCCAUCUUUCUCUCUCUCUCUCUCUCUUUCCACACUUUAACAUGUAUUUUUUUUUGUUUUGGUGCUGCUUAUUGCUGCUCUGUCACAUCAGUGAAUUCAUCCCAAUAACUUGUGUUUUUAUUGUGACAGUGGUAGCAUUAAACCUGUCCCCAAACCCCACCCCACUUCCCAUUCCAUUUAUAAUGAGCUCCCCUCCAUUAAUUUGAAACUCGAUCUGUUGCGCAUCUGCCUAAUCAAUUUCCUUCCUUGGGGGGUUGUUUUUUUUUUUCUUCUCUUUUCUACUUUUUGAAAAGUAUGGACUUAAAUUAAUCUUUUGAGUAUUAAAAAACAAAGAACGAGUGUACAGAUUUAAAUAAAUAAAGCAAGCAGUAAGGACACAAAGCUUGUUUGGAGAAAUGAACUUUUAAGCACCCGCCGUCGGAUACCAAGGGCAAAAACUCAUUGCAGGCAUGUCCUGGGGCAGCUGCCAUGUUUUCUCUUUUCCUUUUUAUUCCUCUCAAAACAUAACAAAUAUGUACAGUAAAAUAGACUCGUUUCCCCAAAAUGGAAAAAAGGACUUGCUGGUUCAGUUUCCUUAUUUUUUUAAUGAAUUCUUUUGCAUCUUUGGAAAUAAAUUAUAAUAAUAAACACAAUUAAAAAAAAAAAAUAACCAAUCCCAAUCCAGGCUGGAGGAAUGGACUUCAGUACAAGGCUGUGAUUUUAAAAAUAAUAAUAAUAAACAGACGGACCCUCCUGUGUUUAGAACUUGUCUCCUUUUUCAGGAGAUAAUGUACUCUUCAGCUCUGAAUAUUUUUAAAGAGAGAGACUCUUGUCUGCUUUUUGUUUUGUUUUUUUUUCCUUGUUCUGUGUUUAAAUAAAACUUGAAAUACAGAUUAAAUACAAAUGGGUAGCAAAGAAUGAAAAAAGCCCUGACACAUUCUAAUCUCCCUCCUUCUGAGAAAGAAAAUGUUGUAAAUCAUGCAAUUUUGAUUCCUUGUUAUUAUAUAUAAAUAUUGAACUUCUUUGGAUCACUGUAUAGAAAUUUGCCAUUGAUUUCAUUUUUCUCAACUUUCUUAUUUACUGUUUUAAAGAAACAAAUAUAAAG